AUGAGUAGUGAAAUUACAGCACUCGAGAAUGAUAUCAAGGAGUACAAGCUCCAGUUGGAGGCAGUCCAGCUGGGGCUCCAAGCAGAUCCGGACAGUGCAGAGCUUCAGGAACUAAAGACUGAACUCGAACAAGUCAUUUCCCUCACCGAAGCUACGAUUGCAGAACUAAAACCCGCUUCAGUGCAAGCAGUUGUACCCGAAAAAGCAGCAGAACCAGUGAAGGAGAAGUGGUCUCGAGAGAAUCACCCGGCGUUCAAAAAGACCGCUGCUGCAGAAGAGGCAGAGACGACGACAACUUUCAAAGUAAAUGAUAUGGUACUGGCAAAAUGGCACUCUGGAGAUAAGGGUUUCUAUCCAGCUCGAAUCACGUCGAUCACAGGCUCUUCUACAUCGCCAGUAUACAUUGUCAAGUUCAAGAAUUAUGACACUACGGAAACUCUGCGAGCCAAAGACAUCAAACCCAUUGCCAAUGCAAACAAGCGCAAAGCUGAUGGAACACCAGUGGUUGCUUCUCUACCUCCACCACCUCCCGUCAAUACCAACGUCAUUUCUGCGGCAGCGGAUAUCAACCCUGAGCUUGCUCAGCAAACUAAGCGUGAGCCAAGUAAGGUCAGUGAUGGUCCUGUCAGACCUGCCAAAGUGCCCAAGAAGAUCAAAGCAAACAAAGAAUUGGAAGCUGGCAAAUCAAAGUGGCAGGACUUCGCCCAAAAAGGCAAAUUCGGAAAGACUGCAAAGAAGGAGAGCAUGUUUCGUACACCAGAAGGAGUUCAUGGCCGAGUUGGUUUCACAGGUUCGGGUCAAUCGAUGCGGAAGGAUCCUACUCGAAGUCGGCACAUAUACCAAACCAAUGGAGACGAUGAGUUUUAG